CGGAAAUUUGGAUUUCAGUACAAAAUGGGAAACAUGAGAAAUAUAGGUGUGCUUCUUAUUAUUUCCCUGUUGGUAACUUCUGUAAAAGGUCUAAGAGUACGCCAGAAUGGUAAUCAGGCCAAUGUUCACGCGAAAUUAGACAAAAUCGACGAGGAAAAAGAUGAUCAAUCGCUCACUCGUCUUAAAUCCACGCAUGAGAUUCCGGGAUGGUACUCUUCUCCAGAAGAAUGUAAACGGGAUUGUACACGGAACGAAUAUCCAAAAGUUUGUUAUUUCAAAUUUGUGGUAGAGUAUUAUACAGUAAAUGGAGGGGCAUGUCAGAUAUGUCGCGUAACUCCUGAAACUCCAGGAUGCGAAUGUGUUCUAGCGGACGGUGUCGAAAAAACUAUUGUGGUCGCAAAUCGACGCUUUCCGGGUCCUCCCAUAGAGGUCUGCUUGGGAGACACUGUAAUUAUAGACGUCGUGAACUCAGUUCCAGGAGCCGAGGUGACAAUUCAUUGGCACGGAGUUUUACAACAUGGUACACCGUAUUUUGAUGGAGUCCCUUACGUUACGCAAUGUCCGAUUCACUACGGCGAUACGUUUCGUUAUCGGUGGUACGCAACAAACGAAGGAACGCACUUUUGGCACUCGCACACCGGUUUCCAAAAACUCGAUGGACUCAGUGGAAGCAUUGUAGUACGCUCACCAUGCGAUGUCCACGCGGGUCUCUACGAUUACGACCACCAUACGUUGAUGAUACACGAUUGGAUGCAUCAUCUCGCCGCGUCUAGGUUUCCAGGACUACUAACCGGAGAAAUUGGACAAGAUCCGGAUAAUCUUCUUAUAAACGGCAAAGGGCAAUUCAUUGGCAGUAUCGUUGACACGCCAGUAGAAGUUUUCGAAGUUACCGCGGGAAAGAAAUAUCGAUUUCGAAUGAUUACGGCAACGACCACCACAUGUCCGGUUCAAAUGGCAAUACAAGGGCAUAAAUUACUCGCAAUCGCCACUGACGGCGAACCAUUCGAUCCCGUUGAGGUCGACACUAUCAGAGUUUUCUCCGCGGAACGGUACGAUUUCAUCAUUAACGCCAAUCGUCGUCGAGGAUCAUAUUGGAUUCAAAUUAAAUCGGUUGGACCGUGCGAACAAUUUCAACUUAGCCAACUUGCCAUUUUAAAGUAUAUUGGUUCCAAUGGACAACCCGCAACGACACCACCUACUCAUACUAACAGUUUACCAGAAUUUAACGGAAAGGUGCUGAAUCCGGCCGACGGAAACUGCGAUGUGGCCAGAGAAGGUGCGAUCUGCGUCGGCGAAUUAACCACCGCGGAUCCGCCCGAUAAUCGCAUCGCAAAACAACCGGACGUUAAAAUAUUCCUUCCAUUUCGCUUUUUGGUUAGAAAUUUAACGGAAUUGUUCAUGCCGGGAAGUUUCGGUAGCCACUUUAUGGUUGCCGGCGGAGGGUUCCAUCUUACAGCUUUUAUCGAUGGUGUUUCCUUCGAUUCGCCCGAUUACCCUGUAAUUAUUCAAAUGAAAGAGAACGAACCGAUUGAGUACUGUAAUAAGGAGCAUAUGAGCGAGAAGUGUAGUCCCAAUUGUGUUUGUACGCAUUUGAUUCCUAUACCUUAUGGAUCUUUGGUUGAAAUCAUUAUGGUAGACGAAGUUGCUAUACCCCGUUUAGCUCAUCCCUUCCAUCUACACGGAUAUGCUUUUCACGUUGUCUCUGAAGGGUGGAUCGAUCCUGAGUAUGCAAAGAUGGAUCUCAGAACGGCAGUAGAACUGGACAGAAAUGAGCAAAUGCCAAGGCGCCUGGCCGAUUCGCCUCGCAAAGAUACCACCGCAGUCCCUUCAAACGGUUACGUGGCAUUGCGCUUUAUUGCCGACAACGCCGGUGCUUGGUUCUUUCAUUGCCAUUUCAUGUAUCACAUGGCAGUAGGUAUGGAGCUGGUGCUGCAAGUAGGCAACUCGUCACAAAUCCCCCCGAUUCCCAAAGGAUUUCCGAGAUGCGGUAGCUUUGUUCCCCAAGACUGGUAAAGCAUACGUAAUUUUACUAUAGUCACCAUUACGCAACUGCUGCACGAAAGUAAAUUAGAAAUUUUCAAUUCGACGCUAAUACAGAAAACCACACGCCAAUGCCCAUAUUAACUACUCGAGUGCAAUUGUGCGUGUCUACUGCAUUAAUAACUUAGAUUUUCUUGUUCUCGGUUUGUAUAAACUUUCACUACCUACGUAAAUAAUAUAUGGAAACAGCACUUUAACAAAUAUAGCAAUCAUAAUAAUUAUCGGUAUCUAUAUCACUAAUUCAAAUCACAUAAAAGUAGAUUCUAUCAAAACUUUUUCAUGAAUUAUUCAUGAAAUUGGCCGAUAUAAUUAGUUUAUUGCAAAUUCGGUGUAAAAACUUAUUGUUUGUACCUCUGGGACAUUGUAUAAUUUUCACAAAAUAAAAAG